AUGUACAACACCAGCAGCAUGGCGCUUGGUGGCGACGGGCUGGCGCUGGACUCUGCCGUGGGGUCCAGCGACCUCGUUAUGCGAACGCUCGUUCUCGGCUGGAGGUCUCACAGCAGCGAAACGCUUCCUCUGGAUGCGUGCUAUGACCGGACGCCGCAGCAGGGCGGCGCAGAGGACCGCUUGGCUUGGGCGAGCGCGGUGCCGCCCCCAGGCGCUGCGCACGGCUCCGACUACGUGAACGCGCCGCUGCUCGGUGCCUCUGACAGCUCCCGCACUCCAGACUCCGUUCCUGUGUUCGUGAUGCUCCCCCUUGACACGAUCAACGCUGAGGGCGUGUUCCGCUAUGCCACAGUGCCCUGGUUCACGGCGGCGCUGCAGCUGCUGGCCAACUCUGGCGUGCACGGCGUGGCUGUUGACGUCUGGUGGAGCGCGGUGGAGCGGUCGCCGCGCGUGUACAACUGGGCCGGCUACAAGCAGCUGCUGGAGGUGCUGCGGCCCACGGGGCUCAAGCUGCAGGCGGUGCUGUCGUUCCACGCGUGCGGCGGCAACGUGGGGGACCUCGUGCAGAUUCCGCUUCCGUCAUGGGUGCUGCAGGCCGGCCAGCAGGACCCGGAUAUUUUCUUCACAGACCGGCCCCGCCAGGGCGCGGGGCUGGGGCAGCGCAACAAGGAGUACGUCAGCUUCUGGGCAGAUGACGAGCCUGUGCUGGCGGGGCGCACGCCCAUGCAGGUGGGGGGCAGGCGUGGGCCGGGGGCCCUGGGCGCGGGCCGCGGCCAUGUGCUGCGGUGCUACGAGGAGUUCAUGGCGUCCUUCGGGGACGCCUUCGCCGGCGACCUGGGCGGCCUGCUGGAGGAGGUCGUCGUCGGCAUGGGCCCCUGCGGCGAGCUGCGCUACCCCUCGUACGUCGAAGCCAACGGCUGGCGCUUCCCGGGGGUCGGGGAGUUCCAGUGCUACGACCGCCGCGCGCUCGCGUCGCUCGCGGCGGCGGCGCGGGAGCGGGGGCACCCCGAGUGGGGGUACAGCGGGCCGCACGACAGCGGGGAGUACAACAGCAGCCCGCACGACACGGGGUUCUUCGCGCCGGACGGCAGCUGGGACAGCGCCUAUGGGGACUUCUUCCUCAGUUGGUACAGCGGCACCCUGCGCAAUCACGGGGAGAAGCUGCUGGCGGCAGCUUCGCGCACGCUGGGCCGCUUCCAGCGCCCCUCGCGGGGCGGCGCCGCCCCCGCGCAGCCGGGCAGCCCGCUCGGCCGCGGUGCGGCGGCGCUGCUGCAGCGGCUGCAGCAGGCGGUGCUGAGCGGCGGCGGCGCCGCGGCUGUGGCGGGCGGGGAGGGGCCAUUCGCCAACGCUCAAGCGGCGGCCGCGGCGUCGGCUGCUUGCGGCGCGGCGUCGCCGCUGGACGCCUGGGCGGGCGGUGGCGCCGCGGCGGCGGCCUCCGCCGGCGAAUGCAGCAGCGGCAGCGCCAACAGCCCGCUCGACGGCCUGAUGAGCCGCCUCGGCCUCGCGGCCGGCGCCGGCAGCGCCGGCGGCGCGACCAGCACGGGCAGCGGCCGCAACUCGUGCUCGUCCUCCUCUGGGGGCAGCAGCGGCGGCGGCGGCGGCGGCCUCGGCGCGGCCGGCGGCAGCGGGGCAAGCAGCGGCGGGAUCUGCGGCCCCGAUCUGGGUUCUGUG